AUGACCUUCACCACACCUACCUACUUGGUUAAAAGAUACAAGUCCAAGCCCCUUCCGAUCCGCUGUAAGCUACCUCACGAAGAUGUAUUCUUUGAGACGCUUGCAAUUCCUUCUGCUGAGGGUGUCUACAGCUCCAAACAAAUAAUUAAUGGAAGCGCACGAGCACGGGACCGCCCCAAUCAGCAGUCAGCCGACGGACGCGAAUUGUGUACUUUUGAUCGGGUCCUUACGGUUACCUCAAGAUCUGCCAACCAGCAGUCACGCCUCCAACCAAUGGCCGGUGCUAGAUCUCGUCUAGAGCUUGAGUUUCAGCAGUCGCCAUAUCACAUCGCGUUUAAACGUCUCUGCUCUGUGUUCUUAUUAAAUUCUUUGAAUACCAUCUUUAAAGGCCGCAAGUUUUCCCAGCCCACAGCGACCAUCUCUAAGGGCGGCAUGGCCUCUUUGCUGCGCAGUCUAUCAAUUAGCAGCCGGCCGGGUCUGGUGCCACCAGGAGCCCCUGCACCACCGCCGCCACCACCACCCGCUCAGUCGGGUCUGGGAGACUGUGAGGGUGCCGGUGAGGGAUUGAGUCUCAGCCCUCCCCACGCCUCCGCCAUGACUCCCGUCAUUGCUGAUCAGGCGUCGCUGCAUUCACCACCACCGUCCUCCGUUCCCAGCUCACCAUCUACUGCCUAUGCUGAAGCGCGAUCUCGUAUAGACGCCAUUUUCUCGAACGUUGAAACCACCCCCCUGCGACGCGGACUGAGGGGCUGUCGAGCCGAGUCGCCACCGCCGACAAUAGAAUCACUUUCCAGUGUGGAGAGGAUGGAUUCUGGAGGUGGUAUGGGUGGAGGUGCGGGAAACACCUCCACUUUCCGUCGAAGGAGACCACAACAGCAAGGGCAGUCGCAGCAGCGUACGGCGGGCAUCAAUCUGAUGCGUGGAUCCAUGUUUCAACUGAACACGACGUCGACGUCUGUGGCGUCUACAGCAGGAGGGACGCCAUCGAUGGAUAUGGACAUGUGCUAUGGCUACGACUCCAAGCAGGCGCCUAUGACGCCGGGUCCUGGAAGGCGGGCUCCACUACGUACUCAACUCUCCACUUCAAACGAGUCAGGUCAGGUCAUUCGACCACCGCGUCGCUCCAGCAGUGUUUGUCGGGAGCUGCCGGGACUAUGCCAACAACAACAGUUUCUUCCACAGCCUCAACAGCAGCAACACUUCUUCCCACCAACUGGCCACCUUCCACAGAUGGACCAGCAACAGCCACUCAACAGUAAUAGCCACUAUGCCGCCCCCCGGGGUACGCAACAGCAUCCGCAACGUGUCUACGCUGAUCCGCGCUCCUUCCAGCAGCAACAACAGCAGAAUGGUGCACCGAUCGCCGCUGUUGGUACAACUGCCACCACCGCUGCUGCUGCUCAGCUGGCUGUUGAAGCCGUGGCUGCUCGCAGACAUCAGCAGUAUGGCUCAUCUUCUGGUCUCCGUAACUCAGUAACCCAGCGAACAAUAUCCCCGACGCAGAACGGCCUCACACAAAGUCGUUUACCGCAGCGGCAGUCUAUUGCCAAUACCAGCAGUAACAGCAAUACCGGUGUUGGUGCGCGGACCAAGAAUCCGCGUGCUUUUUACGACCAACAGAAACAGCAGCAGCAGUUGCCGCAGACAGGUAUUCCUUCGGUAACCGGGUCGUCGUUCUACAGCUAUCCGACGCAUCAGUAUGCCCAUCAACAACAACGGCAACACCACCACAACCAACAGAAUCUCAACUACCCCCUUCUUCAUCAACAACAACAACAAUUGCAGCAACAGAUGCAUCAAGACUAUCCACCUCCUCCUGCUGCUUUUGACGACAUUGAAAGCACGAGUUUUAUUGAGCCUCCACCUCCCCCACCACCGCCACCACCGCAGUAG